GUAAAAUAGAGGGGUGUAUUUAACAAUAAGAAGGGGUUUAAUAUACUAUUGUGUGAACGAUUUAACAAUUAAGAAGAAGAAGAAGAAUAUUAAAAUAAAAAGAAGAAGAAAAUUGCUGAUGCCUGUUGACCUCGUACCUAGAAAUGCCAAGAGCAGGUUUUACGAUCACAAACUCCAUCAAAUUCCAAAUCCAAAUCCAUCGUUCUCUUCUUCCUUCUCUCCGAUCCAUUCAUUUGUCACAGACAGAAAACAAGAAGAAGAAGAAAUGAUGAACAAGUCUCGCAUCGAAGCGAUCUUGUCCUUGUUCGUCAAUGUUCAUCCUCACGAGACCUCCGCAUUGCUCUACUCCUCCUCCUGUUUCUUCUUCAUUUUAAGUGCAUACUUUGUGGUUCUUCCAUUACGCGAUGAAGGUGCGAUAUCAUUAGGGUUAGGUAAUCUUCCAGGGCUUUUCGUGGGUUCCUUAGCCCUCACACUGGUUGCUGCCCCUGUUUCCACUCUCAUCUUUUCGCUGCCCAAUCUUUCCAAAGGAAAGGUCAGGAUUAUCACAACUUCCGUAAAUUUAGUCCACACAUUUAAAUUUUUUGGUCUAAUUUUUGGGUAUAUAUAUAUGUAUUUUUUUUUCGGGCUUACUAGUAUUGAUAGUGGCAUGGUAUUGAUAAUUAUGCGCAUCAUAUUGAUUAUUGAAUGUCUUUAUACAAAGUUGUCUUAGGCUCGUUUGUCUCGACGUAAUUUUACACACACACACACCCACACCAAAAAAAAAUCUUAAAAAUUGAUUUUACACAAAAUAAAAUGUUUUUGUUUUUGUUUUUUGGCAUUUGGUUAACCCUUGAAACAAAAAUAUUUUAUUGUUUAAAAGAGAAAUUUUGAUUCAGCACUCCAUGAUGGGUUAGGGUGGGUUGGCCUUGUUUGAAAACAAACUUUUAAAAGUAACUUUUUGGUUUUUUUGGCUAAAAUAUAAGAUAAAAAAAUUAGUAUGUUUGGAAUGACUUUUUAAUUUUUUACAAAAAUAUGU